UCAUGAGGAAGUUGAGGUGUGAAUGGUCAUUAACAUAUCUUUUGUUUGCAAGGGUGGGAGAGGUCUGAGGUGUGAAUUGGUCAUUACAAUGUGUGACAAGCUUGGUAGGAACAUCCUGUGUUCAGUGUUUUAUCCAUUUGAGUACCUUGAAAACACUUUUUCAUGAUGAAAAAAGGCUCUGGACAGCAUAGGGAACUGGAAGAGUUAAAAAAAAUUUCAAACACUUGUAAACGCGGCAAAUCGUUUUGCAUUUGAAACGCUGAUAAAAUCUACUACUGAGUUUUCUGCGU